CACUCCAAAAAUCAGUCAAUAGUAAUGGCGUUAUCCACCUCUGCCGCUUCUCCCUGUUUACUUCUCAAGUCCACUUCCCUAUUCAGCAUUAGAGUCCCAGCUGAUUUCAAGAAGGAAGAUAUACUUUCAGUCGGUGCCGGGAUUGCUGGCCUAGCCACCGCCAUCACACUCAAAAGGCUUGGAAUUCGGUCCAAGGUACUUGUACAAGCUGAGUCCUUGCGAAGUGGAGGAACUGCACUAAUCCAAAGGCAUUGUCAUCACAGGCGCAAGCAUGUUACGGUCAGGACCAUCCAACCCGUUAGGUCCUCCUCUGCAGCUCCUGCCACAGUCGUAUCAGAGGAAGAGGAUAACGUGUUAUCGUUGGAUGUAAGUGACAUAAAGGCAAUAAGCAGAAGUUGGCUAUGGAGAGGCCACAAAAUCAACUACUUGCAUUAUCAGGCAGGCGAUGGAAAAACCUCACCUGCUGCUCCCCCUUUACUUCUAAUUCAUGGGUUCGGGGCUUCUGUUGCUCAUUGGCGCAAGAACAUAGCAAUAUUGUCUAGAAGAUAUACUGUUUAUGCUAUCGACCUUCUUGGCUUUGGUGCUUCUGAUAAACCUACCAGCUUUGCUUACUCAACGGAAGGUUGGAGUCAGUUGAUAUUGGAUUUUGUGAAUGAAAUUAUUCAAAGGCCAACGGUACUAAUCGGGAACUCAGUUGGAAGUCUUGCUUGUCUAAUUGCUGCUGCCGAGUCUAGUAGUCGGUCCUUGAUUCGAGGGCUUGUUCUACUAAAUUGUGCUGGUGGCAUGAACAACAAAGCCAUUGUUGAUGAUUGGAGAAUCAAGCUGUUGUUACCUCUACUUUGGUUUUUCGACUUCUUACUGAAUCAGAGAAGGAUUGCCGCUUUUCUUUUUGAUAAAGUCAAACAAAGAGAUAAUAUUAGGAACAUCUUAACGUCAAUCUAUGGAAAUAAGGAAUCUGUGGAUGAUGACCUGGUAGAGAUAAUUAGGGAACCAGCAGAUGAUGAAGGGGCACUCGAUGCUUUUGUUUCAGUUGUCACUGGACCACCGGGUCCAAGUCCAGUUCAGUUGAUCCCAAAACUUACUCUACCUAUCCUGGUGCUUUGGGGUGAUGAAGACCCAUUCACCCCUAUUGAUGGACCUGUUGGCAAGUAUUUCUCCUCCUUACCUGGUCAAGUACCAAACGUAAGUCUUUUUGUUCUGGAAGGAGUUGGACAUUGUCCUCAUGAUGACAGACCUGAGUUAGUCCAUGCUAAGCUCCUUCCUUGGCUAGCCCAGCUACCCGCUUUGCAAGAUAAUGCAAAUAAUUUGUCUCGAGCAAAUUGAUUGAUCAGAUAAAGUCGUUAUGUCUUUUGCUCAUACGUCGAAGCCCAGAACGAGGAAACUAGAAGGAAACAUCGUGCUGUUUUUGUCAUAUUCUUUCUUGUAUCAUGACUGUUUGGGAGGUUAGCAUUUAGCAACAGGUAUUAUAUAAUGCGAGAUUAUUGACAUAUUUACAACCUAGUAGCGUUGUACUCAUCUUGAUCUUUUAUCUCCGUCACUGAACCAAUUUUCUCACAUUACACACUCGGUUCAGAGGCAUGCAGAAUUGAUCCCCAAUCUUUGUCA